CUCUCUCUCUACCUAAAGAACAUACACAAGAAACCGCAGAAAGAUACCAUAACAGCAAAAAUUGCCCAUUAGAGCAGUUUCAGGUAAAAUUGUAGAUGCAUCUACCACAUCAGUAAUUUUCAGAAAUGGCCUCUUCCCCUAUGACUGCUCCACCAUUACAGAACUCCUCAGAUUCAAAUAACACGCCAUCUAAUCCAACACCAUCAUCCCCAACCCCUCCGGCCACCUCAGCACCACCGCCAUCAUCCCCAUCAUCGCCACCGCCACCGGCUCCAUCACCACCAUCCCCUACCUCUCCGACCACCUCGGCACCACCUCCAUCAUCACCAGGAGGAUCUUCUCCCCCCUCACCUCUCUUACCUCCGCCAUCCUCAUCAUCCAAGUCACCACCUUCGCCCGGCAAUUUUGCUCCGCCUCCCCCGCUAAAACGCCCGGCAAAAUCCCCGCCGUCCAAUCCACCACCUCCAUCUGAUGAUCAAAAUGUUGAUUCAAGAAAAUCAUCGGGUGAAUCUGAUAUCAAUCUCCCUAUAGUGGCCGGAGUUGUUGCCGGCAUUGCACUGUUUAUCUUGAUUAUUGGCAUUGCAACUUGUGUUUGUUGUGGCAAGAAGAAAAAAAAGAGAAAUCAUAAUCCAAUGCACUAUUACUCAGAUUCUGAUGUUAAAGGCAGUGAUUACUACAGCAGCGGCGCAGGCCCUCCAAAAUGGCCAAAAGGAGGACCAGAUGGUGCCAUCAACAUGCCACUAGCCCAAGGAAUGCCAUGGAACGCACCUCCUCCCCCUUCCAUCAACGGUGAAAUGAGCAUGGAGUACUCGGGACCGCAAGGAUCAGCCUUGCCGCCGCCUUCACCGUCCCUCGCCCUCGGCUUCAUCAAGAGCACAUUCAGCUACGAACAAUUGGCAGCUGCGACAAACGGAUUCUCCCAUGAAAAUAUAUUAGGACAGGGCGGUUUUGGCUACGUGUAUAAGGGAAUGUUACCGAGCGGGAAGGAGGUUGCGGUGAAGCAGUUGAAAACGGGUAGCGGGCAGGGGGAGAGAGAGUUCCAAGCAGAGGUUGAGAUCAUUAGUAGAGUUCACCAUCGCCAUUUGGUCUCACUUGUCGGUUACUGCAUUGCGGGAUCACACCGUUUGCUCGUGUAUGAGUUCGUUCCUAACAAGACUCUUGAGUUCCACCUGCACGGCAAGAACCAACCAACUAUGGACUGGCCUACCAGAUUAAAGAUAGCUUUAGGAUCAGCUAAAGGCCUUGCCUACUUGCAUGAAGAUUGCCACCCUCGCAUUAUCCAUCGAGACAUAAAAGCUGCAAACAUUCUUCUAGAUAAUAAAUUCGAAGCUAAGGUUGCAGACUUUGGACUGGCUAAGCUAACUUCGGACAACUACACCCAUGUCUCUACUCGAGUCAUGGGAACAUUUGGAUAUUUGGCUCCUGAAUAUGCAUCAAGUGGCAAGCUUACUGAGAAAUCUGAUGUUUUCUCAUUUGGUGUAAUGCUUCUGGAGCUGAUUACUGGAAAGAAACCGGUAGACGAUAAUGCAAUGGAGGAUAGUUUGGUUGAUUGGGCAAGGCCUUUAUUAUCACAGGCAGUAGCUGAGGAGAACAAUGAUGAACUAGUAGAUCCAAGACUGGAAGGAGAAUUCAACUUAAAGGAGAUGGCACGAAUGGUAGCAUGUGCCGCUGCUAGUGUUCGCCAUUCCGCUAAAAGGCGCCCAAAGAUGAGCCAGAUUGCUCGAGCACUGGAAGGUGAUUCAUCCCUAGAUGACUUGAAUGAGGGGGUAAGACCUGGACAAAGUGUGCUUUUCAGUUCAGGUUCAGACUAUGACUCAGGAUCCUAUGCAUCCAAUAUAAGCCGUCUCAGAAGAACUGUAUUUGAGAGUAAUGACAUCAGCCAAGAGUACAGCGGACGAACUAGUGACUAUGGGCGCAACCCUUCAACAUCAAGCAGUUCUGGAGAAGUGAAGAACAUUGGAUCUCAUUCUAAAAGAGGUCGUAUAAAGUAGUGAAAAUAAGUUUAAAAAAAUCAAAAUCAUCAUUUAGAUUUUGAUUGAUUUUAUACAUGAAGCUCAAAUAAUGUAUAAGAGAUUCAAGUAUUUCAAUAUGGAGUCCCUUUUUCUUUUUCUUUUUUUUUUUGAGAUGGAGGAUAGAGUGGUGAAAUAGAUUGACUGAUAAUUAUUGGUGUGUGUUCUUAUGUGGAUAGAGUUCUGGAAUAGAUUGACAAAUAUAACUUUUGGUGCUUGUGUUCUUCUCAGUAUAUCUAAACUAACUAAGUAAGGAUGGAUCUUGUGAUUCUUGAGUGGCUUGAAUAUUGUUGUUUGUAGCAAGAAAAAUCAUCGUCGAUUCAUAUGUAGCCUUCCAUUGCUGUAGGAUAUGAUCCUUCGAAAAGGGAAUGGGAAUAAAGCUUGGUUUUUCUUAGUUUAUUGUGAGUGGCUGUUGUGAUCAAGAACUGAAGAAUUGAAGAAAAGUAGGUAGGA